AUGUCCUCAGCUACAACUUCAUAUUCAUCCAAUUACGACACCAGCGCAUCAACGACCAGAGUUGAGAAAAGGGGAAACGUCGCUAGUUUCAAAACUACUCCAGAUGGUUACAAGACCAACUUGACUGCAAUUGACACUUAUGGUAACACUUUCCAAGUCCCAGAUUACUCAAUUAAGGACAUCUUGUCAGCUAUUCCGUCACACUGUUAUGAACGUAGAUUGUUGGAGUCUUUCUACUACGUGUUUAGAGACAUCUUCAUGAUGGUCACUUUGGGCUACAUUGCCAACAACUACAUUGAAUUGAUCCCAAACCAGUUGGCAAGGUUUGCUGCUUGGACUGGAUAUGUUUGGUGCCAAGGUUUAAUUGCCACUGGUAUUUGGGUUCUUGCUCAUGAGUGUGGACACCAAGCUUUUAGUGACUACGGAUGGGUUAAUGACUUGACCGGUUGGAUUUUGCACUCAUACUUGUUGGUUCCUUAUUUCUCUUGGAAAUUCAGUCACAGCAAGCACCACAAAGCUACUGGCCACUUGACCAGAGAUAUGGUUUUCAUUCCAAAGAAAAAGGACGAGUUUUUGCAAAGCCGUGGAGUUGAAGACUUGGACGACUUGUUGGGUGACUCGCCAAUGUUUUCCUUGUUGCAAAUGGUUUUUCAACAAACUUUUGGGUGGAUUGCUUACCUUUUUGCCAAUGUCAGUGGACCAAAGUUUCAAGGAGCUUCUUGGAUGCAGGUCAACCAUUUCAAUCCAAGCUCUUUGCUUUUUGACAAGAAAGAUUACUACUACAUUUUGUUGUCAGAUGUUGGUAUUUUGAUUCAAUGCACUAUCCUCUACAUGUGGUACAAGAACUUUGGUGGAUUCAACUUUAUGGUCAACUAUUUCCUUCCUUAUCUUUUGGUCAAUCACUGGUUGGUUUUCAUCACUUACUUGCAACAUUCAGAUCCACAAAUGCCACAUUAUGAACCACAUCAAUGGACUUUUGCUCGUGGUGCUGCUGCUACUAUUGACCGUGAAUUUGGAUUUGUUGGUAAGCACAUCUUCCAUGACAUCAUUGAAACUCACGUUUUGCACCACUAUGUUUCUAGAAUCCCAUUCUACAAUGCUAGGGAAGCAAGUGAAGCUAUUAAAAAGGUUAUGGGUAUUCACUACCAACACUCUGAUGAAAAUAUGUGGAAGAGUUUGUGGAAGUCAGCUAGAUGGUGUCAAUAUGUUGAUGGCAAAGACGGUGUCAUGAUGUACAGGAAUGUCAAUGGACUCGGAGUCGAUCCAAAGAAAGAAAAAUAG